UUGGUCAUUCAAGAUGGCAGGUCCACUAUUAGUCUGAAGGGACUUUCAUUUCGGAAUUGUGUUUCUCAUUAUUUUGCCGUUGUUGUUUAUUUAGUAUUUAGAUAAGACCACAAGAGAACCAGUAAAAUGGAUAUGAUGCAGGUGUUUUUUUUCACUGAUGCCCAGCUGAAUAAUCUCCUUUUUAAAGGCCUUGAUAUAACAUCCACUUCUGGCAUGGUGGGAGCAUCAUUUGUGGUGUUUGGGGCCACUAUACUGUUUGAGCUGCUGAAGCUGGUGAAGCUGUACCUGGAUCUCAAAAUGCGAGAGAACCCUCUAGCCGGUCAAAGCACUUGUGAAGAAAUGCCAGAAGAGUCAAGGGAAACAAAUCAUGAUGGUGUGAUCCUACUUAAUAGUCUUCGGAUUCCUGUUUCAAGACAAAUCAGGGCUCGAAAACUCAAUCUACAUGUUCUGAACUGCUUGAGUCACGCCAUUAAUGUUUUCUAUGGUUAUCUUCUCAUGCUCGUGGUCAUGACAUAUAGCGUCUGGCUGACUGUUGCUGUGGUUGUUGGGAGUGCUGUUGGCUACUGGAUUUUUGGAGCCAUAGGACAACUACUAAGGGAAACGAGUUUCCAGGCUACACACCAGAGUGUCAUGGGAAAACACCAGAUGCCACACUCAGAGACUGUCCAGAAUAGACUGGCUUUGGAAGUUUGUGAAGUGCCCCUUCCAUCUUUGCAUGGCACAAAUAUGCAGUCACCUCAUAGGAUGGGGAUGACACAGUCAAAUUUUAUAUAAUAUGUUUUACAAUACAUAUCAGAACAACUCUCAGAAUGCAACAUCCUGAUAGUGAUUCUUAAUCAUUUGUAAACAUAAAAAUAUUCUAAGAACUGGGCUAGAAAAGUAAUUAGUUUGAGGCAUUACAUUAGGUUUAUUAGGUGCCUCUGUCUAAAUAAAUUCAUUUCUUUAUGUGACUAUUUCUGGCAAAAUAGUUACUUCUUGUAUUGUGCAAGUCAGAGACAAUUGUUGUGUAUAAGAGCCAAUAUCAUUUGUUGGGCUCCUUUCAAAAAAACCUAAGAAAAUUGUGUGUUUAGAGCAUAUCUUUUGCUGACAAACUAUGAUUUCUUUUUGCAGUUGUAUAUUUAAUGGUUUUAAGAUAAUUACAUGCUUUUUAUAUCUGGCUGUGAGUGAAUUAUUUUUUUUUAAAUCAUUAUUGUCUUUAAAGCCAAUAGUCUUUUUGACUGCACCAAAGAAAUUUUCACUUAUCUAUGUUAUGAAUAAAUACUCCUGUAAAGUUUUGAAAAAAAAUUGCUUGUGCACAUUUUAAAUGGUGAGUUUGAAUAUGAGUAUACAUUUUAUACUUAUAUUAAAGCAGGUUUACAGAUUGUUUAAAAAUUAAAAUUUAUAAUUAUUC